AUGACUGGUGUUGAGGUGAAGCAUGAGCUGUGGCUGAAGCUUCACGAGACCAGCGCCAGUUGCCAACUUCAAAAGGGCCAGGAGGUGCCAGAGUACCAAGUCACAGACAUCCCAGAAGGAAUCCGUCAGCACCCCUACCGGCGAGAUCGGCUUCCCACCAUCGAGGUUGGGGCGAAGACGCGAAGCGAGGACGCGAGGACACGAAGGCACGAAGACGUGAAGGUUCAGAUGGUGCAAAGGCGCGAAGACGUGAUUUUCCGGGCGAAGCUGCGAAGACGUCAACGGCAUACAGCGGGUACUCACGGCAUCAAUGGUGUCACUUAUAGCGUCAACGGCUUUCACGGCAUCAACAGCGUCACCUACAUACUCACGGUCCUCCUGCUUUGGAGCGACCCACUCACCCGCUCCACGCGGGGUCGGUGUCUCUUCACGAUGCCCCACCCGGAUGUGCCGACCUUGGAGGAGGCCGGUUUAGGGCUCUUGGGCCUAGGCAUGUCAGAGGGCCCUUUGUAG